UCAAACAUGGCUGACGACAGGGAACGGGCAGAGAUCCUGGUGACAGGGGUCCACAAGAGGAUCAACGAUGCGUUUCAAGUGUUUGAUCACGACCUGAACAAGACGGUCGAUGUCAGGGAGAUCGGUGCCAUUGUUCGUUCUCUGGGCUGCUUCCCCACUGAGGCAGAGCUGCUUGAUAUCAUAGAUGAGGUGGAAGAACCCAAUGGAUUCAUCUGCUUUGAGAGGUUCCUCCCAACAAUGAGUAAAAUACUUAUGGAGAACAAGUUCCGCCCCAUACCCGAGGACACGCUGCUUAAGGCGUUUGAGGUUCUUGAUCAACAGAAGAAAGGACACCUGGAACCGAAUGAACUGACAGAGUACAUGAGACAGGGAGAUGAACCUUUCACCCAGUUGGAGAUGGAGGAGAUGCUGUCUUCAGCGGUGGAACCUGACUCCAAUCUUAUCUACUACAAAGACUUUGUCAAUAUGAUGGUGCUGGAUGGGGAGAGAUGAUUUCACAGCAUUUUGAUCUCAUCUUUUAUACGUUUGAACUAAUAUGUCAGCAUUAGAACCAUCAGAAAGAUUAAUCGAUUUGGAAACCCAAUUUACGACUUCUGAAGGUUAUUUACGAUAAUACGGACACAUUUAUAUAUAGAUAUAUAUGGUUUAAAAGAUUAAUGUACUUUUAUAACGCAUACUAAUAUCACACCAACAGAAUUUCUCAACAUUUGAUGGGUUUGUGGAAUAUCAAGUCAUGGUGCGGAAAAACAAGUAAAUGAAACAUUGACUUAUUCAUGAGCAAAACACACUUUAUAUUAACAUAACGUUUGCAUGCAUGUAAUGCUGAACCCCAACUGUGGAACAUGUAUGACUCAAUGAAUGAUCUGUAGAUUGAUAUGUUAAUGAGCACAUAAAACCAAUCCCAUGCAUGUUAAAGACAUGCAUGACAACUUAAAUUCACAGUAAAAACCUGGACAAUAAUUCUUUACUUUCCGGGACAAUGCAGGAAAUGGAGGAUAUCAGCAACGAAAAAAAGCAUGAAACUCUCAAGACAUUCCCUUUUUAUACAACGCCGCCAAAUACAGAAGACAUAAAAUAUAUGCCCUCAGCAUCAUCCAAGGACAGAAACCAAAACAAAGUUCAUCACACACACACACACACAAACACUAGGCUUCCCUAAAAAUAGAUUUAGAAAAGACAACACAAGAUGCCCUAAACUUAAAGCCUGACCCUUAAACAUGGAGCAAAGCUUCCAUAUCAUUACCAAGAUUCUAUCGUUACAAGCAACCACAAGGAGAUUUUCAUACAUUUUCUAAUUAAGUGAAAAACUCAAAAGGUUAUCAAACAAAAGAGGUGAAAAGGGUAUACCUUUGAAUUUAUUUAAUGGGUUGUAGUUUAGCAAUGGAAUGUUAAAUUCCCUAGCUUUGGUAAGAUGUCAAGAAUGCCAUGGAUUUCAUUGAAGAAUACCUGUAAUAAAUAGAGCUAAAGAUCGACCGCUAUGCUAAAUAUCCUCCGG